AUGCCUCACAACAUUCUCCUCACGGGAGCCUCUGGUUAUCUAGGUGGCUCACUUCUGAACUCUUGGCAAGAAACAAACUUCCCAUAUCGCGGCAAUAUCUAUGCUCUCGUUCGAAACGAGGCACAAGGCGAGAAGGUUACACAAUAUGGCGCGAAGCGGCUCUCCUUCUCUCUGGAGGACGAUCAAGCCGUAAUCGAUGCAAUCGUCAAGCACGAAAUAUCUGUCGUUUACUUCCUCGUGGGUGCGUACUAUUUUCAGAGCCAGAAGUCCAUCCUCAAAGCUCUAGAAACGGUCCACAAAGCUACUGGAAAGAUCACGCAUUUCCUCUACACCACCGGAACGAAGAUGUUCGCAGACGUUGCAGGUUGUCCAACCGACAGACCUAUAUAUGACACCGAUCCUGAUUUGUAUGACAUACAAAAACGUCAAGAAUCUUCCAACGAAGAGCUUAGCACGGCUGUAAAAACCAAUUGUGCGGUCGUGGACGAGGGCGAGAAGCGUGGUGUCAGAGUAUACCUCUUCUCCCCAUGUGUAGUUUAUGGGAAAGGCACGGGAUUCGGAAAUCGCAUUUCUAUCCAAACUGUGGAUAUAGUUAUGGCAUUCAAGGCGUGUGGAUACGCUUACAAUGUGGCGGACGAUCAAGCGAUCUGGCCUGUUUGUCAUAUUUCUGACACAGUGUCCCUAUAUUCGCAUAUUCUGACCAAGAUACUCAACGGAGAGGAUCCUCCACAUGGAAAGAAUGGCUAUUAUCUGGCCUCUACUGGACCAGUUGCCUGGGAGAAAAUUUAUGCCGCCAUUGCCUCCGCUCUCUUUGCGAAGGGUGUCAUCGCUGAUGAAAAGCUGCGCCCCAUCGAUCAAGGAGCCAUUGAUCGCAUAGUCACCGCACUUGGUGUAGACAACAAAUCUUCCGCAUUGAGUAAGAUUUCCGGCAACUGUACCUACACGCCUCGUCGUGGUGAGACGACCGGAUGGAAGCCGAAAUUUGCCCCAGCGCAUAUUCUCGAAAGCAUGGACGAGGAAGUCGAGCACAUUCUUGAGAACUUGAGCGAUAACGUGAGAGGCAUUCGAUAG